AAUUCAUUUAAUGAUAAUAAGAAUAGUAAAGUAAUUAUAGGGAUAUUAAUUGUCGUGGGUAGCUUUAUCCUAGUAUCAUUUGUGUUAGGAUUAAGAAAAGCACAGGGAAAUAUUCCCAAAUAUCUCAUCCUAUUUCUCUUAGCGUUUAUUUGUCCUCCGCUAUGUGUCUUUAUAAUAAGGGGUGAUCUUAAAAAAGACAGUUGGGUUCAAAAAAUAUUUACUGUAUUAACUUGCGAUUAUUGUUGCGGUCUUUUUGAUCCUAAUUCAAUGAUUAAUCUGAUACUUACGACAUGCUAUCUUCCUGCUGUCCUUCAUGCUUUAUACCAUUUGUUUUCAGUGAUCGAAGAUUUUUAA